AUGGGGCUCUUCAGCAGGAAGCGUCACCGUCGCUACAGGGCUGUGCCCCGUUACAAUCCUGUGUGGCCCCGUGGUGCUGCCGCCAGCACCAGCGGCCCUGAGCUUGAGGAGAAAGAUCUGAACAGGCUGCACCACGCUGCCGCCCACGGCCACCUGGCCUGGCUGAGGCGCUGGCGCUGGUGGAUGGAGAUUUGGGGCAUCGACUGCCGUGACAGGGAGAAUCGGACACCUCUCCAUCUGGCGUGUGCCAACGGCCACACAGAGGUUGCCAGAUUCCUUGUAAAGCACGGCAGCCAGUUGGAUGCUGUUGAUAAUCUCAGGAGAACACCCCUGAUGAAGGCAGUACAGCUCAGAGAACAAGACUGUGUGACUUUUCUGCUAGAGCAGGGUGCCGACCCAAAUCUUGCAGACAUCGAUGGCAACACUGCCCUCCAAUUGGCCAUCCUGGCUCGUAGUAAAAAACUCGUGGGGCUGUUACUCAGGCAUGGUGCCAAACUGGAUGCCAAGAAUAAGAAGGGCAGUACCCCACUAACUCUUGCUAUCACUGAAGAACACGAGGAGAUAUUAGAAGAUCUCCUGAAAGCAGGAGCUGAUGUGCAUGCUCGAGAUGAGCAUGAAAGAACCCCACUCAUGAUUGCUGCUUCUGUUGGGGAGAUGUAUUUGGUCAGAGUUCUCCUUUCUCACGGAGCCAAUUUUUCCCAUGAAGACAAAGAUGGGAGGAUAGCUGUGGAUUAUGCUGAUCUCCAUGGCCAUUUACGUGUAAGUCAGUACCUGGCAAAACUGGAGGACACAGCAGAAGCUCCUGCAGGGGAUGCACUUGGAUCUCCUGAGCAGGCAGGAGCUGCUGGAGGGAUAAAAGAAAAACCAGAGCAGGAGAAGACAGGAGAAGCUCCUGUGUGUGAUGCAGAAGAUACCAGCAUAGUCAUCACUCCUGAGCAGGCAGGAGCUGCUCCAUUUAUGUGGGGUGCACCUGCUGUGGACAGAGGAGCCACAGAUGACCUUUGUGAAGGAGGCUCAGUAAGGAGCUCUGAGGAGGAGGGGAAUGAUGACACUUGGAGUGAUUCUGAAGAAUCAGUCUGUUUUAGCCCUAAGUACAAGCAGGAACUGGAUGAAUUUCUCUUUGAAGAACGUGGACGUGGUAAUGUAUCAUGUUAG